UUUAAAUAGAAUAUUAACUAAGUAGAGUCAAUAUGGCUUACUCCUUAUCACCAAUAAUCUUUCCAUGCUCUUGUGACUUAGCACUAUUAACAAUCAAAUUCUACAUUUUCAAUUUCCUUCUUUUUAGAGGAAGAUGUUUGUGAAAACAGUUUCCAAAAUUUAUAACUUUUAUAUUUCUUCCUCAACUUAUUGAUUUCCUUUACUUGAUCAGGAGAUAGCUUUAAUGCUGUGAACAACACCUUUUCUUAUUGUUUAGCCUCUUUGUCAUUCUUCAUUGCUUUAUAUUUGAGGUAGCUGAUAUAGACAUUCUUAACAUAUUCGAUACUAAUGCCUCCUUCAUUAUCAAUCAUUUGAAUGCUAUUUUUAUGAUCUCCACUUUUUAAGUUCUUUGGAAGAACGACAUUUUCUAAUGUGCUGACUCUUCAAAAACCUUAAUUAUUCUAAAGGGUUACUAGUAAGAUCUGUCUCUAGGUCUGAGGACUCAUCAAAGAACUCCUGAGGGAUGUCUGACCUCCUUCUCUUCUUUAGUAACUCUGAACUCUUGUUUGCUCCGUUGCUCUUACUCUUCAAAGACGAACUGUCUUCUCAAGUGUCCUUCUAAAUUCUGUUCUUGAGUCUUUCAAUUUCCUUUUCCUUCUUUAUCCAGUAUACUUUAGUCGAGGCCCUGUGCUUAUCAAUGCCUUCCUUAUACAUGUCUACCAGCCUGAUGGCUUCUUCUAGUUUGACCGUGGUUUCUCAAGAGCCUUCUGCUUCUGGGAAAAUUGGUUUUGUAAUGAUCAGUUCUUUAACCAGUUCCAGGUAUUUUGGUCCAGAGUGAUGUAUGUGGUCACCUGCUCGCCUCAACUGGUUCUGCAGUGGGUUCUUGCAUGGGAGUGCCUAUACUUUGCUCAGACUGUUUGCUUUCGAAGUCUUCGCUCAUUUCCGAUAGAGUUUAAUUGAGCCUCAGGUUUUCAUCCUGAAGCUUCGAGAUGAGUGACUUCAAGUGGUUCUGCUCGCUGGAGUCUUCUUGACUCAUGUCAAGGAUGCUCUCGAACUGCCCCAUGAUUUGAUCAGCCUUCCUCAUAGUGGUGUCUUCGUACACUUCUUUGAUGUUUUCGAUGUAAGCGCUCUGUUCUUGGACAGCCUUCUGCUGGCUGUUCACUCUGGCUUUCAUGUGGUCAUUGUCUUUUCUGAGUUCCUUGAUGAGCGUUUCUUUGUGUUGAUUGUCAGCUCUGCAUUGAUCAAGCUCUUGAGCAUUGGCAGCUAUUAUCAGUUCGUGUUUGUUGAUCUGGUCAUUGACAUUUUUGAAUUCUUCUUUGUAAAAAUCGAUUUGCUUUUACAUGUCAGGAAUUAAGUCUAAAUCAGUCAUUUCUCUGAGUUUAUUGUGUUCUCUAGCCUUUGCUUACUCCAUGAUUGGCUUCAGAGCAUCUUAACUGUAUGAGCCAAAUUCUUCGACACUCAACAAGUUCUUGACUUCAGGAUCGUUUUAUGCUUUAAUUAAUAAGCGUUAAAGAUUCUAUCUGUCAGUAAGGUAAAGCUUAGUUGUCUAUAAUUCGGAAAUGUCUGUUUACCUCAGCAAACUUGUUUUGACUUUCCUGAGUUUCUUCUUAGUGGCUUUGAGAGCUCUGGCUUUCCCUCUGUGCAGCUCAAUGAUAGUCUCGAGCUCACUGGGUUUUUCCAUUAUUAUACGGCUCAUUUAUAUGUGUUUGUAAGAGAACUAGAGCACCCAAGUGAGCCUGGGCAUCA